UUGUAAGGCAGAGCUGCAAAGGUUAAUAACGGGAAACGGAAGAAGGAUUUGGUUCCCGCCAAAUUUCUACUACUUUUUAAGUCAUUCUUCCAAUUCAAUCCAUGCCCAACCUCUUCCCUCUUUCAAGACUCACAAAAACUGCUAAUUUUCCUCACAAAUUACUUCACAUUUUAAAAUCCAGUCGCUCCUUCUCCUUCUCGUCAUCAACACCAUCUCAUCAACACAUAGCCCAUCUGAUUUUAGACCAGAAAUCUGCGUCUCAAGCUCUUCAAACUUUCAGAUGGGCAACAAACAUCCCCAACUUCACCCACUCUCAAUCUACUUAUCGAGCUUUAAUUCACAAGCUCUGUACUUUCCGUCGCUUUGACUUUGCAAAGCAACUGCUCGACGAAAUGCCCCACUCGAUAGGGUUUCCUCCAGACGAUGACAUUUUUAUCACUAUGAUUCGAGGUCUUGGCCGGGCUCGAAUGAUUCCUCACGUUAUCAAAGUAGUUGAUUUAGUUUCUAAGUUUGGCAAGAACCCAUCUUUGAAAAUAUUUAAUUCAAUACUUGAUGUUCUUGUUAAGGAAGAUAUCGACUUGGCUAGGGAGUUUUACAGAAAGAAAAUGAUGGAGAGUGGUGUUCAAGGUGAUGAUUAUACUUUUGGCAUUUUAAUGAAGGGUCUUUGCUUAACUAAUAGAAUUGGAGAUGGGUUUAAGCUUUUGCAGGUUAUGAAGUCUAGUGGUGUAAAGCCAAAUGCUGUUGUUUAUAAUACUCUGCUUCAUGCUUUAUGCAAGAAUGGGAAAGUUGGGAGAGCAAGGAGCUUAAUGAAUGAGAUUGAGGAGCCUAAUGAUGUGACUUUCAAUGUUUUGAUAUCUGGGUACUGUAAAGAAGACAACUUAGUUCAGGCUCUUGUACUGCUAGAGAAGAGUUUUAGUUUGGGGUUUGUGCCUGAUGUAGUUACAGUUACUAAGGUGGUGGAAGUUCUUUGCAAUGUAGGCCGUGUGACAGAAGCAGUUGAGACUUUAGAGAGAGUUGAGAGCAAGGGAGGUGUGGUUGAUGUUGUGGCUUACAACACCCUUAUAAAAGGCUUUUGUGGAUUAGGGAAAACGAAAGUUGGGCAUCGCUUCUUGAAGGAAAUGGAGAGAAAAGGAUGCCUUCCUAAUGCAGACACAUAUAAUAUAUUGAUCUCUGGUUUCUGUGAGUAUGGAAUGCUGGAUAUGGCUCUUGAUAUGUUUAAUGAUAUGAAAACAGAUGGAAUUAUUUGGAAUUUCAAUACAUAUGACACAUUAAUCAGGGGUUUGUUUUCAGCAGGCAGGAUAGAAGAUGGGUUCAAAAUCCUUGAGCUGAUGGAGGAGUCUAAAGGGGGUUCUGGGGGUCGUAUUAGUCCUUAUAAUAGUGUAUUAUAUGGUCUUUACAAGAAAAAUAUGUGGAAUGAGGCGUUUGACUUUCUAAUGAAGAUGGAAAAAUUAUUUCCUAGAGCUGUUGAUAGGAGCUUGAGUUUAUUAGGCUUUUGCGAGAAGGGUGCAAUUGCAAAUGCAAAGAAGGUUUUCGAUCAGAUGAUUAAUGAAGGCGGAAUUCCAAAUGUUCUUGUUUAUGACUGCUUAAUUCAUGGAUUUUGUCAAGAAGGGUGUCUGUGGGAAGCAUUUGGGCUGAUGAAUGAGAUGGUUGGCCAUGGUUAUUUUCCUGUUGCAUCAUCAUUUAAUGCUCUUAUUAGUGGAUUUUGUGGACAAGGAAAGGAAAGGAAUGCCUUGAAACUCCUUGAAGACAUGGUUGGGAGAGGUUGUGCGCCCGAUAGAGGCAGUUACAAUCCUCUGAUCUAUGCUUUUUGCAGGAAGGGGGAUUUUCAAAAGGGGUCAAGUCUUUUUUCACAAAUGGUAGAAAAUGGUAUAUUUCCUGAUUAUUUCACGUGGAACUCAUUGCUUCUUUGUCUUAGUCAAGAAUCAAUCUGGUUAGAAAGCAAAAAUAUGUUUCAUGUAAAUAACCAAAUGGAAAGGAUUAUCAAUACUUGAAUCAUGAACAAGUGAAUUUUCUUUGAGAUUAUCACAAUCUUUUUGUUGAUAAUUAAUUUCCAAUG